AUGACGUCUGAGAGACGUCUGAGGCUCCCCGUGACCCGAGGACAAGAUACAGUAGGCAGUCUCUUUAAGAAGGAAUUUGUAAGUGUAUGGGUACGGGAUCCCCAGUUUCACAAAGAGGAUUUCUGGCACACACGUAUCGACUACGAGAUCUGUCUUCAUACCAAUAGCAUGUGUUUCCAGAAAAAGACUUCUUGUGUGAGAAGGCGAUACAGUGAGUUUGUGUGGCUACGUCAAAGAUUGAAGGACAAUGCUCUUCUUGUUCAGUUGCCAAAACUUCCUCCCGCUAACCCUUUCUUCAGCCUCAGCAAUCCGUUGUGGGUGGCACGGCGUAUAGAGGGACUGCAGAAAUUUCUGGAAGCAGUGCUGACGAUGCCCCUUCUGUUGUCAGACAGUCAUUUGCACUUGUUCCUGCAGUCCCAACUGAGCAUUGCCAACAUUGAGGCAUGUGUACAGGGCCAGACUAGUUACACUGUGGCUGAGGCUAUUCAUUGCUAUGUAUAUGACACACACUUUCCUCUGGAGGACGAGCACAAGAGCCUCUGUAACUUAGACUGUGAAAGCACCUCCUCGUCAGGCCUGGGCAUUAGCAUUGGCUCAGCUGCUCCCAUUGAAAUGUCCUCACAAAACAGAAGUCCUGGCAACCAACUGAUGGCCAUAGCACUAGACCCUGAACCCACCAGAUGUUUAUCUUCAUCUCCUGAUUGUCAGCAAGACACACAUACAUAA